CUCGUGGCGCCGCGCGAGCCAUCAACUCGUCCAUCUCCUCUCCCCGACUCGGUGCGGAUGGUCGUCAUCUCCUACGUCCGUGCCGCCGUCAGCGCGACGGCCAGCGCGAUCUGGGCCCUCUCGCUCCGGCGCUGGGGCCUGCUAUCGCUCGGCUCCAGCCUGCUCUACCUGUGGAACAUCUCGACGCUCUCGAGCAGGCGGCGCAACAGUGACAACAGCCCGUGCCCCGAGCACGGCCCGCUGCUGCGCAUCAUGUACGGCCUCUUCUCCACCUGGCUCGCCGAGCGCGUGCUCGGCCACCUGCUGCACACGCGGCCGGACGAGCCACAGGCGGAGCAGAUCGGCGGCACGCUGCCUUCCGUGAUGGGGCCGCGCGAGCUGCGCAUCAAGGUGGUGCCGAUCCUGGGCGCGGCCUUUGGCGGCAACUACGCCUACCUCAUCUGGGACGAGGACGACCCCGACCGCCGCGCCAUCGUCGUCGAUCCGGCGGACCCGUACCCCGUGCUUCGCGCCGCAGAGGAGGAGCGGCUCAAUGUUGAGGUGCUGCUCACGACGCACUGGCACUUUGACCACUCGGGCGGCAACGCGACUUUCGCGCGGGAGGUGCCUGGCCUAAGGGUGGUCGCGAGCGACCGCGAGCGAGGGCGGGUGCCUGCUCUCACCGAGAGACUCGCCGACGAGCAGACCAUCGCCGUCGGCAGGCUCCUCGUCACCGCCCACUCGGUGCCUGGCCACACGCUUGGAUCUGCAGUCUUCCAGAUCUCUUCGUCGGCCGCGCCGGCGGCGCCUCACGCCGCCUUCACGGGAGACACCCUCUUCUGCGGCGGCUGUGGCCGCCUCUUCGAGGGCUCGUCGCUGCAGCUGCACGCGUCGCUCCGCCGGCUCCGCACGCGACUGGCGCCAAACUGCCAGGUCUUCUCUGGGCACGAGUACGCCGACAUGCUGCUCACGAUGGCCGUGCGCAGCGACCCGUCCAACCUCGCCGCCCUCCGCAAGCUGCGGCAGGUGCGGGACUUGCGACUCCGCAAGCAGCCCUCGGUGCCGUCGACCAUGGCGGAGGAGUGCAGCUUCAACCCGUGGAUGAAGGCGACGCCGCUCGACCUCGCGCGGCUCUGCGGCUGCGAGAUGUGAGCUCUCACCCCCUUGGCGACGACGCGAGCGAGUGUUCAGCCUUUUGCCGUCGGUCCCCCGACGCCGCUGCGGCUUGUACGCGUGCAGCGCGCCGCGGCAGGAUCUGGCAGGGAUCACAGGCCCAGAGUUGGAGACGGAGCGCGCCGACACGAUUUUGUUUCAACCACAACACAAUACGCAAACACUCACCCACAAGAGAAUAUCCUCGCAUUCUCGGCAUUCCCUCUUGCUAUUCGC